AUGCAGAAUAGAAACAAAAAUGCUUUUACCUCGGCCUCGUACAAUGAGCUGGUCUCACGGCUCUGUGAUUCCAAGCUCACAACGAUUGGUAACUAUCGCUUAGAAAAAGUAAUUGGAGAAGGCAGUUUUGGGAAAGUCUAUUUAGCAAGCCAUAUCCUCACGUCGUCAAAGGUUGUGCUAAAAUCUACUUCACGUAAACAUGCAAUUCCUUUGGCUCGUGAAAUUCACCAUCUACGUCAGCUUAAGCAUCCUAACGUAACUCGUCUAUACGAGGUUGUAUGCACAAAAGACUCCAUUUUCUUAGUAUUGGAGUAUUGCCCGGGCGGAGAGCUGUAUGAGUGGCUUUAUAAGGAAACACGUUUUGAAGAAGAUGUCUGUUGUCGAAUCCUAUGGCAAUUGUGCCAAGGAGUGAGAUACAUUCACAACACUGGAUGUGUGCAUCGCGAUUUGAAGCUUGAAAACGUAUUUCUCGACAAACAGUACAAUGUUAAAAUUGGAGAUUUUGGACUGUCCCGUGAAUCUGAUUGCAGUCGGAGAACGUUUAUGAAUACACGCUGCGGAACGGUUGCCUACACUGCUCCCGAAAUUGUUCUUGGCCAGAAGUAUAUUGGAGAAUUUGUUGAUAUCUGGGCUCUAGGCGUCAUCAUGUACGCCUUACUUGUGGGAAAGCUACCGUUUGAUGAAGAUGAUGUAAACUUAACAAAAUCCAGAAUUGUCCACUCUACUCCAGUUUUGCCAGAGUCUCUAUCAGCCGAGGCGAAGGACCUAAUCCUCAUGCUGCUUCAAAAGAACUAUCAACAGCGACCUUCCUUAGACAAAAUUCUUACUCACUCGUUCUUUACCUCUCGUGGAUACCAUGUGUCUGAUGUUACCAAAGCUCGGUCGACGAAAAAGGCAGAAGAAAAGGUUCGCAGCCGGUUAGCACUUGUCGGUGUUGACAUGGAAGAGUUGGACAAAAGCCUUUCCGAACUGAGAUGUGACGCAUUGUACGGUUGGUGGUUCUUACUGCUCGAGCGUGAAUUACGAAAGGAAACUCGAAAGCAGCGCCGAGGUUCCACACCGCACAAAACUAAGGACAGAUCACUCAAAUUUUUUGCCGUUCCAUCCAGUCCUUCGGUGAAGGAGAUGACGAUUUCAGCUACUCCAAUGCGUGCUGACUACAAGUCUUACGGCAAGUCGUCCUCUUUGCUGACAACAUUUCGUGAGUGGUUAUUCCAUCCGAAAUAUAAUCCGGAGAAAACUCCUUUCAACUCUGAUGCUGGCGGUGACAUUUUGUGUUCGAGUUACUCCAGUGGAACCGUGGAAGGAAAACAAACGAGUAAUACGGAAGUUCAUUCUGUGUCCAAGAAUCAGUGCAGCCCGGAGUUUAAUCGCAUUUCUCUCGGCAAACAGCAGACUUCUUUAUAUAAACAGGGUUCAGAUGCUGAUGUGUCUGACAAUAUGAAUACAUACGCGGCAAUGCUUUCUACUUCGUCCGAUUCUAAUCAUUCUCACUUUUCCUCAUCUUCUCUUAAUUUUGGUCGACCGCCUGAUGACAAGGACUCUAAUGGCCGUGGCGUUGAGCGCUCUUCUUCAAAUGCCUCAUCUUUCAAAUCUGUUGGUAAAAAGGCCUGGCGAUCUCGUUCUCUGUCUAAUGUCUCUUCAGCUUCUUCCAAUUCACUUAUAUCCAUUGUAUCAUCUAAACCUACUCCAUCCGCGCCAGCAAUCGCAAAGUCCUGCUCUUCCAUCGACCCGCUGCAAAAAUUACAUUUGCCGAGAAAAGACACUACCUCAUUAAUGAGACACAAUGCUUCUGCUAUUCGAGUGCUGGCGCUCCCGCGAAGACUGUCUCAAUCCACAUACAUGAAGCAUAUCAACGAACCAGCAUUUCAAGAGGAGGAGGAAGAAGAAGCCGAAAACAAUGACGGUUGA